CAUACGCUCAGCUGUCUCUCACUCUGUGACUCUCUCUCUCUCUCUCUCUCUUUCUCACUCUCUCACGCCUCUGCCCUCCUCCAGCUCUCUCUCUCCCCUUUGUCUCUAUCGUCGUCGGGUACGGGAGCAUCACCGCCAUCGCACACGAGCACCACCGUCAAUUGAUGGGUCUGCUCAACUAGGUACUGUUUGUGUUAUACCUAUACCUAUACUUCAAAUUUUUUAAGAAGAUUCGAAGUCGUUGAUGGGUCUGCUCAACUCCGGAGAUCAACGGCCCUUCGAUGAAAUCAAUGCGGAUUUCAAGUCCAAUUUCCCUCGCCCCCUCCAUUUCACUCUUUGCCCUCGCCUCUCCAAUCUCUUAGGGGCAACUCUCUCUCUCUCUCUCUAUCUAUAUAUAUAUAAUUUUUUUAUUUAUCAAUUGUAAUGGAGAUUUUCAUACUUGAUUAAGAUACUAAAUUUAGCUGAUUGGAGUUUAGAUGUAAGAAUUUGAAGAGUUAGGGCUUUGUUUAUUGGCCAUAUGAGGUGUUGGGUUCUGAGAUUGAACUUGGAAUUGUUGUUAGGUUUUGUACGUAAACACUAAUAUGCACACUGUUUGGUUUUUGAAAAUUGAAUUAUGCGAUUUUGGGAAUUUCUAGUAUGGGUGCUUAUUAACACUGAAAGGGGGCUAAUUUUGCUCUUUAUGCUAGUCAUAACUUUCGUGUCAAUUGAAAUUCUAAUUCAACUCAACUUUAUUUUGGGGUUUCACUAAUCUUUGCUUUCUUUUUGGACUACAUGAAAGUCAACAAUAGGAUCAGUAUCCGAGUCAACAAUAGGUAGUGUUGCGAAUACAAUUCGAGGUCUGGCUUCUGGAUUUGGGAUUAAAUGUGGAAUAAUUGGUGCAUGCGGGAAUGAUGAACAAGGCCAACUUUUUGUACAUAAUAUGACAUAACGAUGUAAACCUCUCUAGAUUGACGACGAAAACUGGUCCAACUGCACAGUGUGUCUUCUUGGUUGAUUCGCUUGGGAACUGUACAAUGCGACCUUGUCUCUCAAAUGCUGUCAGACUUCAGGCAGAUGAGUUGACAAGAGAAACUUUUAGAGGAUCCAAGUGGUUGGUAUUGAGAUAUGGAAUAUACAAUUUGGAUAUUAUUCAUGCUGCUGUUAGGAUUGCCAAACAAGAGGGAGUUUCUGUCUCCUUGGAUUUGGCAAGUUUUGAGAUGGUUCGGGACUUUAGGGCACCCCUUUUGAAAUUACUUGAGUCUGGGGAUGUUGACCUCUGUUUCGCCAACGAAGAUGAAGCAACAGAGGUGGUUAGUGAUUUAUUCUUGAAAGAGCCUAAAAACAUAUAUAAUUUCACAGGUCUAAGCCAACCCUGCUGUAGAAGAUUAGACAAAUCUCUAGCAAUGGUAGCUCGACCAGACACCCACACCUCACUUGAUUCAUUGUGGUCAUCUUCUUCAGGCAUAGAGUCUUCCCAACAUCGAGUCAUUACUGAAGGAAGAUUUAGGGACGAUUUCACUUGGGAUUUUGUAUUCAUCUUUUACAGUUUUUUCUUUGGUUGCUGCAUUGGUGGUUCGAUUUCUAGGGUCAAAAAAUGCUCUUAUUCUUGGGACUACUGAGUAUUGGUUGUUCAUAGUAGUGAAUUUGAUACCAAC